GCGGGCGCCGGACCCCCAGGAGGAGCGACAGGUCUCGGGCCCUCAAGCGGAGCGGCGGGCGCCGGACCCCCAGGCGGAGCGACAGGUCUCGGACCCUCAGGCGGAGUGGCGGGCGCCGGACCCCCAGGCGGAAUGACAGGUCUCAGGCCCCCAGGCGGGGCGGCGGGGCACCGAGUCACCAGGCACAACCCGGGCAUCGCGUCAUCUGGCAAUGCAGUGGGCUCCGAGUCAACUGGUAUGACCGCGGGCACUGGGUCAGACAUUGGAUCGUCUGGCUGGACAGCGGGCACUGGGUCACCAGGCAUCAGGUCAUUUGGCUUGACAGCGGGCACCGCGUCAUCUGGCAAGGGCAGUGGGCUCCGAGUCAACAGGCACGACAGUGAGCACCGGGUCAUCAGGUACCGGAUUGUCUGGCUCGACAGCGGGCAUCGGGUCACCAGGCAUCAGGUCAUUUGGCUCGACAGCGGGCACCGGAUCAGGUACCGGAUCAUCUGGAUCAACAGCGGGCAUCGAGUCAACUGGCCUAAUAGGAUCGUCAGGCUGGAUCAGUUCAUCAUGCUGGGUAGA